CAACUGAACUGAUCAUCACCUUAUCUUUUCUCUUCUGAUGAGCAACAAAUGAAACACAGUUCGCUCUCAUCUGCAACCAGGAGCCAACUGCUACCAACAUAAUUUCGAUCCCUGCCCUUCUCACGAAUUCCUUCUUAGCACACUUCGUUUGGCUCAUUUCCCCAAGACAAUGCCUCAAUCAGGGCCACAGUAUUCCCAGCAAAAGACCGUCGAAACCUUUUCGCCUGACUGGUUGCUUAUGGCGAUUGUUUUGUGCCUCUUCAUCUUCGUGAGCGUCGUCUUGCCCGCAGCUUUUUCCAUUCGUGAGCCUUCUGGCGGGAAUUACUACGUAGAGAAUGCGUGCCUGAUAGAGUUCAACUUAACCGGCAAAAAUUUACUUCAAUACAAUCUCAAAUUGGACGUUAGCAUCACGAAUCCGAACAAGAAGUGCCAUGUCUACUAUCAGCAGCUUCAGGCAUCUGCAAGUUACGAGGGAGAAAUUAUUGCCUCGGCUUUACUGCCUACCUUCCGUCUGGAGCACAAGAAGACGGUCGUCAUUCACCCCGCUUUUGGUGGGCAGUCUGCAAUCGGGCUUGAUGAUCUGAGUGUCAAUGAGUUCAUGAAGCAGAGAUCAGAUGGUUUUUUCAGAAUAAAUGUUGAGAUUAAUGCCAAGAUGAUAGAGAGCCUUGGGCUGCUUACGACAGAUGAGUUCUCUGCAAGCAUUUGGUGUGGAUUGACGAUACCCCUGCUGCCGUCGAAUAGCUCUGCCUCCGGAAAUGGUGGAUUCACAAGGACUGAGUGUGAAGUGAAAACCCUAAUAUGAUGGGUAAUGUACUACUCAUUCAUCUGAGUUCAAACUAGCAUGAGAUCUUGGGCAUUGAUUAAAUAUUGCGUCACAUCUAGCGUUUAUUGAGGCUGAAGGCAAGAAAUUGUUCAUUACUAAGUAGCAGAUCUUCAACUGCUUGUGUGGAGUUAAGGUGACUGAAGAAUUUCAGUAGCGAACUUUCUUUUGCUUGUUUUUUCUUCUGCUUUUGAUGCAAAAUCAAAGAAG